AAAUUAUAUUCACUGCAUUUUCCCACAAUCUACAUCAAAUCAAGUGUUCAAAGUUUCAGAAACGACUCAAUAGUAACACACAUGGAUCUCGUCUUCAGAGACAGCAAAGAGGCAGUGGUCAGUGAAGCAGCCGUCCCCAGGCUUCUGCUGAUGGCCUUGGCCAACAACACUGUUAAUCUUAGCGUCAUCCCGGAUUCUGUACAGACGAUGGAGAAGAUCUCAGUUUCCCUCUGCCUCAUUCUCUCCUAUACAUCUGUCUUGGAUACAAAAUCCUCAUCAUACAAAUGGAUUAGCACUAAACUAUACAAAUGGCUUGAAGCGGUAUUCUAUGAACUGGUUAUGACUCAGAGUAUGCAGUCAAACAUGACAUUAUGGAAUGAAGAUGGAUGGGUGGGUGUGCUUGUGGAAUUUCAUUACAACACAAGGUUUCUUAUAAGCAGUGAUGUUCUGACUGCUGCUGUCCUCAAAUCCAGGAGCCCUUUUCUAUAUCUAAAGCACACGCUUUCAGUAAAUGGUGUUGAGGCGCAGGUUGAUUACUUCAACCUGUCUAUGACGAUAACCAGCCUAACUUUCACAGAGGAUCUUUCUGAGCGAGGAUCUGACCUCUUUCUUGUUUACAGCUCUUACAUACGUGUAUCUGUGAGAAAGCUCUAUGAAGACAUUGAAGGAUUUAUCGAUAUCUAUGUUACCAACAUGACCGCUGGGUCAGUAGCAGUAAAGAUGGCUGUGGAUUUUCAGAAGGGAAGAAUUUCUUUGCCCUCAGUUUUACAGGUUCUCAAGUUGGGUUUGUCCCAGCUGGAGAUGGACGGCCUCACGGUGGACCCAGACUCCUUGAACCUUGAGCACCCUACGUUAGCUCCUGCUGAAGAGAUGCCAUUACCAGGGUAUGCCGAUGCCCUUAUUGUCAUUUGUGGCCUGGCUGUCGUUCUUAUUCCUGUAGUGACAUAUGUGGGUUUGAAGACUGCAGUGUGGAGAAGGUUAAAGGGGUCCCCUUUUAACUCUCAAACCUACACUGUGGCUGACACACCGAGUGGAGUCUCGACAAGCUACACUGGCGUAAUUAUAUAAGCUAAAUGAUUUGUUGUGAAGGAGCUGCAUGUGGGUGCACCAGCUAGCGUGAUGUCACAGAAAAUUCCACUUCAGUGGCAGUGGAGACAUACAGC